CAUCCUAGCUUGUGCAAUUCCAUCCUCUUUGCACCAAAUGAAGUUUAAUGAGCCCAACCUUUAUACACUUGUGUUUCUUUACUUCUCUAUUAGCUUAGCCUCUCUACAAGCUAAUGCUUCUGCAGGAACACAUAUCGAUCAACUUGCUCUUCUCAAGUUCAAACAAGGGAUAGCAAGUGAUCCGCAUGGUAUCUUCAACUCCUGGAAUGAUUCUCUCCAUUUCUGCAACUGGACUGGAAUCACUUGUGGUCGUCGUCAUCAAAGAGUCACCUCCCUGGUAUUAGAAGGGCAGAAUCUGAUUGGAUCUAUAUCACCACAUAUUGCCAACCUCAGUUUUCUCAAGUUAAUCGACCUCGGAAACAACACCUUCUUUGGUGAAAUUCCACAACAAGUUGGCAACUUAUUUCGAUUACAAAUACUUCUUCUUGGAAAUAAUUCAUUACAAGGUGAAAUUCCACUCAAUUUGACUCGCUGCUCUAAGCUCAACACAAUUUCUUUACCGUGGAAUAAUCUUGAUGGAAAAAUACCAGCAGGACUUGGCUCUAUGACAAUGCUAGAGAAUAUUCUACUUCAUUACAACAAUCUAACAGGAGAAAUUCCACCUUCUAUAGGCAACCUUUCAUCACUUAUUUGGUUUACUGCUAGAUCUAAUAAUUUGAAGGGAAAGAUUCCAAAUGAGAUGGGUCGAUUAAAAAGCUUGAAUGUUUUUGCUGUUGGAGGUAAUAGAUUAUCAGGUAUUGUCUCUCCAUCUCUUUUCAACAUCACAGUUUUGACUUAUCUGGAAGUUUCAAGCAACCAACUUACUGGUAGUCUCCCUGACAACAUUUUCUUCACUCUUCCAAAUCUUCAAAAUCUUGUAAUUGGUGUAAACUAUUUCUCUGGCUCAAUCCCAAAUUCACUAUCCAAUGCAUCUCAGCUUCUAAGGGUUGAUAUUUCUAGAAAUAAUUUUGUUGGACGAGUUCCCUCUGAUCUUAGAAAUUUACAAAGUCUCUUGUUGCUGAACUUCGAGUUUAAUGAACUUGGAAGUAAUUCAUCGAAUGACUUGCUUUUCUUGACAUCCUUGACAAACUGUAGUAAACUAGAAACCUUGUCCAUUGCAAGAAACAAUUUUGGAGGUGUCUUGCCAGACUCCGUAGCCAAUUUUUCAACUGGACUCAGUAAGUUAUUUUUGGGGAGAAAUAAAAUCGCUGGAAUUAUUCCUGCAGCAAUGGAGAAUCUUGUCAACUUAAUUGCAUUGGGUAUGGAGGACAACUUUUUCACAGGUUUUAUCCCCCAUGAGCUUGGAAAGCUUGGAAAGCUACAGUUUCUGACUUUACAAACGAAUAGAUUGUCAGGUCAAAUUCCAUCCUCCAUAGGUAACCUUACUCAGUUAUCUGAGUUCUCUCUGCUACAAAACAAAUUAGAAGGAAGCAUUCCUUCAAGUGUUAGAAAUUGCCAACAUUUAUACAGUCUAUAUAUUGCAGAAAAUAGACUAAGUGGAGAGUUGUCGAAAGAAGUUUUAGGCCUUACUUCCUUAUCAAAAGUACUAAACUUAUCUCAUAACUCUUUUUCUGGGAACUUACCAACAGAAGUAGGAAAGCUUAAAAAUCUAAAUACACUCGAUGUCUCACAAAACAAUCUUUCAGGUGAAAUUCCUAGAACCAUUGGAGAUUGCUUGAGCCUAGAAUCUCUUCAUAUGCAGGGAAAUUUUUUCCAAGGAACUAUCCCUUCAUCUUUAGCUUCCCUUAAAGGCCUUCAAUAUUUAGAUCUUUCACAAAACAACUUGUCAGGACAAAUUCCAAAAGAUCUCCAAAAAAUCUCUUACCUCCAGUACUUGAAUCUUUCUUUUAAUGAUCUUGACGGAGAGGUACCAAGAAAAGGAGUAUUUGCUAACAUCAGUGCAUUUUCAGUGAUUGGGAAUAACAAGCUUUGUGGUGGUGUCCCAGAACUCGGUUUGCCAGAUUGCCCGACUAGAAUCAUGAAGAAAACGAAAUCCCAUACUCUUAAGCUAGUAAUUGCAAUUGCUUGUGGAGUUCCAUUCGUGCUUUUGAUAAUGAUUAUUUUUCUCAUUUGCUGGAUGAAAAAAUUAAGAAGCAAGCCUUCUUUUGCAUCCUCAGCGAUGAAUCACCUUUUAAAGGUAUCUUAUAAAGACCUUUAUCAGGCAACAGAUGGAUUCUCUUCCUUCAAUUUAAUUGGUUCAGGUUUCUUUAGCUUUGUGUAUAAAGGAUUUCUACCUCAAGUUGAAGGAGAAGUAGCUAUUAAGGUACUCAACCUGGAGCAAACGGGUGGCAUUAAGAGCUUCAUGGCUGAAUGCAGUACACUGGGGACUAUAAGGCAUCGAAAUCUUGUUAAGCUCAUAACAUGUUGCUCCAGUAUAGAUUACAAAUCUAAUGAAUUCAAAGCUUUAAUUUUGGAAUAUAUGGAGAAUGGAAGCUUAGAAAAGUGGUUGCAUCCAAGUGAAGGUGGUGAAAAUCAGCCAAGAAGGUUGAACCUUCUUCAGAGGCUCAAUAUAGUGAUUGAUGUAGCAUCAGCUUUACAUUAUCUACAUGAUCUUUGUGAAAAGCCAAUCAUUCAUUGUGACCUAAAGCCGGGCAAUAUUCUGCUUGAUGAAGAUAUGAUUGCUCAUGUAAGUGAUUUUGGCCUAGCAAAACUCUUCAAAAUCAACAACGAUUCAUCUCUACCUCAAACUAGCACAAUUGGAAUCAAAGGAACUGUCGGUUAUGUUGCUCCAGGUAAUUAACAAUUAUAAAAGCCUCUUUCCUUUAUUUUUCCUUUCUUUUCUUUCUCUUCUGCUUCUUCUCUUGCUUUAAUAGUCUUUUUUUUUAAUCAUAUAAUGAAAAAAUGAUAUGUCUUUCUAUUACAGAUAUCGGUUGGUUUGGAUCAAAUUUAGAUCAAACCAACCUCAUCCAUCAUGAAACUAGUUAUUUGAAUUUGUAGUUAGGAGUGAACAUUCGGUCGGUUCGGUUUAAAAUUGAACCAAAUCGAAAAUCAAAAUUUUAUUACUU